AUGGGGUUUUUUGAACUACCGUUGUCUAAUGGCUGGACAUUUAAAGACCGAGACGAUCAUGAUCCAGACGCAUGGAUGUCUGUACCGGCAGUUCCCUCUACUGUGCAGCAGGAUCUGAUUGCAAACAAAAGACUCGAAGAUCCUUACAUCGGUUUCAACGAACUAAAGGCUCAAUGGGUCAACGAAAAAUCAUGGAUAUAUCGAACAGAUUUAAAAAGACCUGAUGUUCCGACCGGCGCCAAAGUGGUCAUUGUAUUCGAUGGUCUGGACACAUUUGCAUCUGUUACUCUCAAUGGCCAGAAUAUCCUGACAAGCAGUAACAUGUUUAUCGGUCAUCGAGUAGACGUCACAAAACUGCUGCUAGAAUCUGAUGGCCCACAUGUGCUUGAGAUUGAGUUUGAUUGCGCUCAGCUCAAAGCGCAGGAGCUACGAAGUAAGUACCCAGGCCACAGAUGGGAAGGCUUCAAUGGCGAUAUGGCACGCUUGGCUGUGCGUAAAGCUCAGUACCAUUGGGGCUGGGAUUGGGGCCCAGUCAUUAUGGCUGCCGGCAUCUGGAGAGAUGUACGCCUAGAGGCAUACUCUGUACGAGUGGCAGGGCUAUGGCCGCAGACACAGCUGGAGCACAAUCGCAAGACAGCAACCAUCACAGCUACUGCUGAAAUCGAUGCUGUCGUCUCCGGUUACUAUACAGUUAGCUUUUGUUUGUGUCUGAGAGGAAAGCAGAUUGCCUGUCAGAGCUUGUUAGUGGAAGUAAAUUCCUCCAAGAGCAUCGAAGCAAAGUUGCAGAUCAAUAAUCCAGAGUUAUGGUGGCCUCAUGGGUACGGCUCUCAACCUUUGUACGAUAUGUCGGUUUCGAUUUCGGGAGGCCCUGGAAAUGAGCUGCAUAAAAUGUCCAAGCGUAUUGGCAUUCGAUCUGCAGAAGUUAUUCAACAACCUGACAAGCACGGUAAAUCAUUCUUUUUCCGAAUCAACGGGCAGGAUAUUUUCUGUGGUGGUUCUUGUUGGAUUCCAGCGGAUAGCCUGCUUCCUAGUAUCCGCCAAGAUCGAUACAAAAGUUGGAUUGACCUCAUGGUAAAGGGUGGUCAGACCAUGGUCAGAGUCUGGGGCGGGGGAAUUUACGAGGAUAAAGCAUUCUAUGAGACUUGCGAUGAGAUGGGACUACUUGUCUGGCAAGACUUUAUGUUUGCCUGUGGUAAUUACCCGGUUUGGCCUGAGCUACUGGAAUCGAUUCAGCGAGAGGUCACCUACAAUAUCUGCCGCUUGCGACACCACCCCUCCAUUGUUAUAUAUGUGGGAAACAAUGAAGACUAUCAAGUCCAGGAGCAGGCAUAUAUGACCUACAAUUACGAGGACAAGGAUCCACAGUCUUGGCUUAAGACGAAUUUCCCCGCACGCUAUAUCUACGAGAAGCUACUACCGGACGCGGUGGCAGAGCUCUCCCCAAGUACAUUUUACCACCCAGGGAGCCCUUGGGGUGAUGGAAAACUCACGUCAGACCCAACUGUUGGAGAUAUGCAUCAGUGGAAUGCGGAUGGUCAUGAGCGACGACUAGCGACCUAUCUCGUGGAAAAUUUGCGCACGGCCACAGACCUUGAGACAUAUAUCCACCUUACCCAAGUGGUGCAGGCAGAGACGAUGAUGUUCGGUUACCGAGGAUGGCGUCGCCAAUGGGGCAAUGACCGUCAGUGUGGUGGAGCAUUGUUAUGGCAAAUCAACGAUUGCUGGCCGACGAUCUCAUGGGCGAUCGUUGACUACUUCCAACGGCCUAAGCCUGCGUACUACACAGUGAAACGUGUGAUGGAGUCCCUGGCGGUUGGCGUUCGUCGUGAACACCAUGAUUGGAGUGUUGUUCACGCGAGACCCCCAACCAAGUCAAAGUAUGAGAUAUGGGUUGCGAGUAGCCGUCGCGAGGGUAUUAAUGCUACUGUUGAGCUUCGGUUCUUGUCGGUGAUGAAUGGCGACAAUCUACGGCCCCCAAUUGUUUACGAUGUUACCGUUACUCCUAAUGGGACAACCGAUAUUGUUUCAGAUGGAGUCAUUGAUCAUAUUGCGCAACAUCAGCCUCAUGUUCUUGCCGUACGACUCUGGGUGAACGGUCGCGUUGUUUCGCGUGAUGCUGAUUGGCCGCAGCCUUUGAAAUACCUUGACUUCUCUGACCGUGGGCUGGUAGUAAAGGUUCAGAAUGGCAAUAUCCCCGGACAGCAGAGACUCGCCAUCAGUGUACUCAGACCUGUCAAAUGUCUCGUAUUUGAGGAACGGGAUAACAUAAAGCUCAGCGAUAGCGCGUUGGACAUCAUGCCAGGGGAUGAGCAGGUCGUGACAGUUUCAGGCCUCAGUGGGAGCGACUUGCCACUGAAGUAUCGCUUUCUGGGCCAAUAA